AUGGAAGGGGGAAAUCAGUCUGGAGUCUCAGAGUUCAUACUCUUGGGACUUUCAGACCAGCCAGAACAACAGAGGCUCCUAUUCUUCCUAUUCUUCAUUAUGUACCUAAUCACAGGGCUGGGGAACCUGCUCAUUAUGCUGGCUACCAACUUUGACUCCCGCCUCCACACCCCCAUGUACUUCUUCCUCAGUAACUUGUCCCUAGUUGACAUUGGUUUCACCUCCACCACCAUUCCCAAAAUGCUAAAUAAUCACAUAACCAAAAACAGAAUGAUACCUUAUGCUGGGUGCCUGACACAAGUAUUCUUUGGCCUUUUGUUCGCUGGGAUUGAUAAUAUACUCCUUGCUACAAUGGCUUAUGACCGCUAUGUGGCUAUUUGUAACCCACUACAUUACAGCACAGUCAUGACUCCAAGGGUCUGUUCCCUUCUGGUAUUAGUGUCUUGGUCUUGGUCCUUUACUAAUGCCCUGACAGAGACUCUCUUGCUGACCCGACUCUCCUUUUGUGGCCACAAUGAAAUCCCUCAUUUUUUCUGUGAUGUCAAUCCCUUACUGAAGUUGGCCUGCUCAGACACCUUCAUCAAUGACCUGAUAAUCAACACAGUGGGAGCACUGACAGUAUUUCUACCCUUCAUUGAAAUACUCAUCUCCUAUGCUCACAUUUUCAUGGCUGUAAUGAAGAUCUCCUCUGUGAGUGGGAAGCAAAAAGUUUUCUCCACCUGUGGAUCCCACCUCACUGUGGUUUGUCUCUUCUAUGGGACAAUCAUUGGAGUGUACUUCAGCCCCACAUCCACCCACACAGCCCAACAAGAUAUAGCAGCAGCUGUGAUGUACACUGUGGUCACCCCCAUGUUGAACCCUUUCAUCUACAGCCUAAGAAACAAGGACAUGAAAGGAGCUUUGAGGAUGCUCAUCACUAGAAAACCAGGAUUCACUCUAUGA